GUCAAAAGUCAAAAUAACCAACAAAAAUUGUGAUCGUUUAAAUAUCGUAAAAAUUCAAGUUAAAUUGAAAAAAUGCAUAUUUUUGAUAAUUUAAAUGUAACUGAGCCCUUCAUAGUGGUGUUUCCUGAUAAUAAAUCUGUAGAGGCCCUAAGUGAACUUAAGAAAAUUAAUUCCAAUAAUACAUGUACUUUAGAAACAAUAGGAGAGAAAGAAAACAAUUCUGCAAUAAAUGUUGUGAUAUCGGAUUCCGUAAAAAGUCUUUCAUCAGAUAUACUUCAGAAAGCAUUUAAAAUAUUGAAGCCUGAGGGAAAAAUCUUAAUUUUAAAUACUUCAGACUUUAGUGAUGUUGAGUUCAAUUUAAAAGUUAGUGGAUUCACAAAUGUAGUAUUAAAUGAGGAUAAUAUAACAGCUAGUAAACCCAAAUAUGCCGUUGGGUCAUCUGUGAAACUAAAUCUGAAAAAGCCUGCUGUGUGGAAGUUAGAUGACAAUGAUGAGGAGGAAGAUUUAAUUGAUCCAGAUGAAUUACUAGAUGAGGAUGAUUUAAAAAAGCCAGAUCCGUCUACAUUAAAAGUUUGUGGUACAACUGGGAAACGUAAGGCAUGUAAGGAUUGCUCAUGUGGAUUAGCUGAAGAAUUGGCUGCUGAGGCUCAGAGUGGUAAAGUUGUAGAUACAAAAGAUGCUCCAAAGUCUUCAUGUGGAAGUUGCUACUUAGGAGAUGCCUUCAGGUGUGCCACCUGUCCAUAUUUAGGAAUGCCGGCAUUUAAACCAGGAGAAAAAAUCCAACUAACUACAACUCAAUUAAAAAGUGAUAUAUAAAUGUUUUAUUUCAAUUUUAGUUAUUAUUUAUUUUCUGAUGAUUACAAUAAUUCAAUAAAUAGGUGUGCAUAAUAAACAUGCUUAUAUGUACAUACAGGAACAAAUAAAACACAAAAAAUGUUUUUUAUAUA